AUGUUGUCAUCCGUCAUCUUGGUCCUUCUCACGGGCCUGGGUUUCUUUUCCUCGGUGAUUGCAGAUACAUACUGCAGUGCUGAUGUACCCUGUGAGAUAGGAUGCUGUGGGAAAAACAAUGUCUGUGGUCUUGGACCGGAUUACUGUGCUAAAGAUAAAUGCAUCAACAACUGUGAUGCGAAGGCCGAGUGCAAUCCUGGAGACUGGGAUAACAAAUAUAUCAAUGCCACCACAUGUCCGUUAAACGUCUGCUGCAGCAAAUUCGGUUUUUGCGGAACCACUGAGGAGUUCUGUGGGGAUAAAACAGUCUCCAGACCUUCGUGCGAUGCUAGCUCUCAGCAAAUCACCCGCGUCAUCGGUUACUAUAACUCGGCUGCUGCUACCCGCCCCUGCGGUGGCAUGAUCCCUCAGGCUAUCCCACAGGGUGUCUAUUCGCAUCUCUACUUUGCUUUUGUUAGUAUCGAUCCGGACACCUUUGAGGUUAUCCCAGCCUCCGAGGGAGAUAGAAUGCUCUAUCCACAGCUGGAGGCUCUCCAGAUCCGCGACAUGGGUCAAGAGCUUUGGCUCUCUAUUGGCGGUUGGGAUUUUUCCGAUGCUGGUACACCCACGGCUACCACCUUCUCUGACUUGGUUAGCGCCGACUCGAAGAAACAGAACGCUUUCUUCUCAUCGUUGACUAACUUUAUGACCACAUGGGGGUUCACCGGUAUCGAUAUUGACUGGGAGUAUCCCGCCGCUGAUGACCGUAAUGGCCGACCUCAGGAUUAUAAAGACUUCCCCAAGUUCAUGGCCAACCUGAAAAAGGCGCUGUCUGACUACCAGUUCGGCCUUUCCGUCACUCUACCCACCAGCUACUGGUACUUGCAGCAUUUUGACCUAGAAUCGCUGGAUAAAUCGGUUGACUGGUUCAAUUUUAUGAGCUACGACCUUCACGGCACAUGGGACAUGGGCAACAAGUGGACAGGGGCCUACCUAGAUGCACAUACCAACCUAACCGAAAUCAAGACAGCUCUCGAUCUACUCUGGCGGAAUGACAUCAAGCCCUCUAAGGUGAAUAUGGGAAUGGCUUUCUAUGGCCGUAGUGUCACUCUAGCCAGCCCUUCGUGUACUGAACCGGGCUGCUCAUAUCUCUCAGCCGGUGACAAGAGAGCAUGUAGUAAUACUGCUGGUGUCCUCUUUAACAAUGAAAUUCAACAGAUCAUUCGCGACAACGACGUUACGCCAACCCUGUACAAGGACGCAGCCGUUAAGACCCUUACAUGGGACAAUGACCAGUGGGUUUCAUACGACGACGAGGAUACAUGGAGACUCAAAGCUGAAUUCGCCAAGUCUGAGUGUCUUGGGGGCGUCUUAGUCUGGUCUAUUGACAAUGACGACAUUAAUUACACUUUCUCUCACGGGCUAGCGGCGGCGCUCGGAAAUGAGAUUAACUUGGACACCACCACCGGUCUGACUGGUCACAGUUUCGGCGAGAGGAAGUCAACAAGCAGCAGUAGUGACAAGGGCCAGGACCAGUACUGCCGCUUCAUCAACUGCGGUGAGGUCUGUCCCAGUGGUUUCACUGAGGUCACCCGUGCCGAUAAGAAGAAGGAUCUUAUGUUAGACUCGUCAACUUGUCCAUCAGGCAAGCAUCAAACACAAACGCUCUGCUGUCCUACUUCCACAGAGGUUCCUACAUGUCAGUGGCGAGGCUUCCAUAACAAUGGCAAGUGCAAGGGUGGUUGUAAUAGCGACGAGGCUGAGAUCGGAACCGUUGGCGCAGGUUGCAAGUCUGGCUAUCAGUCCGCAUGCUGUACAAUCACAGACUCUGUUCGUCCCUGGACAAAAUGUAAGUGGACUGAGAGUUGCCACGGUGACCUCACCUGUCCAGCUGGCUAUCCUAACUUUGUGGUGGGCUCGCGCGAUGGCUGGGGCGGACAGAAGUCGUGCAAGGCAGAGAAAAAUUACAACUACUGCUGCCAGGGAGAUACCGGUCCUCCGGAUACGUUCACUGAUUGCGAGUGGCAUGGUCAUGGGGUUACUUUUACAAAUGAUAAGUACUGCAGCACCCACUGCCCGGCCGGGUCGAUUCGCAUCGCUGAAGAGGAUAUUUCCAUAUUUAUGGGGAGCGAUAAAACGGCAAAACAUCAGACUGCUUGUUCGGUCGUGAGGCAUACUGUUGCAAAGACGGCCAGAGAGCUCGAUGCCUACCUCACGAUGUUCCUUAAGAAUCCAGUGUGUCCAAGCGGCUGGGAUUCUGAGUAUAGCUACACUUACAGCUCUAGCCUGGUCACGCGGGAUAAAAAGCCCAUCACUGAUGAGGGCGUUGUCCUGACAUACCUGGUGCCUAUCCUGGCGGCAUGGGCUACAUCCCAGUUCCCCCGGCAGGAUCUCACAGACAUCAUCACCUCCUGUUUUGCCAUGUUUGGAUUACAAGGUAGAGCCGGAAACCUCACUGAUUUACAAGGGGUCAUAUUCGGGUACGGAGUUGGUGACGGCUGGAUCGGAGGGCCGAUCACGGAUGUUAACUCCUUGAUGGCUGGAUACCUCUGCAACCUGGAGGAAUCAGCCAAUGGGCUGGAAAAUAUCCAGAACGCUGCCUCCCUCUUGUGUGAGAGUAAUUAUGACUCGUCUUCACUGUCUGCCCGAAGAGUCACCGUGGUAAGUAUGGAUGACCGCUCCGAGAACGGCGAGGAGCCUGGCAUUUCGUUGAUCCUCAGUGGUAUUCUAAAUGGUGAACUGAGCCUUCAUUACUGCCGCUGGCUCAGCGCAGCAGGUAGGGACAUUCUAGAAUUAGCAUUCUGGAUUGGCCCUACGCCGGGCGUUACUCCCAGCAAUCAACUGCGCAGCCAGUAUGUCGACACCAGUCACACGGCAGCAACCGAUCGUUGGAUCAUUUUCCAUCUUCAUUUUGACAUCGAUGAUAAUGUCUUUUUCAUCCGUCGAGGCAGAGCGAACAGGGCAAACCAGCCCACUGAAUGGUACCCAGGCGUCACUACAAUCGACGUCUACCACAGUCAAACCGCUACGCGUCCUGGGGUCGUGACUCAUGGCGGCCGCAGAGCUGAUCAAAGGGCAGAAUUCCGUUAUUCUAUCACUUGGAGAGGAGGAAGAGAGAAUACCGGGACGAUGCAGGAUUAUAAUGCACGCACCCACGUCAUGCAGUGUCCCAUCCGAGAUAUUCAGCAGCGAUGGUAUAUAGGGUUCGGUCGUGAAAGGCAAAUUGCAGAAGCUGAGCGAGGAGGCACUCGUCGACCCUUUGGUUACACGGAGUUACUUGAUCGCUUUGGCAUGUGGAUGUGGAACCAAGGAAUUUUCUCAGUGCAGCAGUUGGGCCGACUGUACCCUGCCCUUGCAGACGAUGCACGACCGUACGGUGGUGAUGGGUGGUCGAUUGUACCGUCAUUCGUACCCACCGAGCAGCACAAUCCCCAAGACGGAGCGUAUGAUGUGAAUUGGCUGCCAGAUGGUUCUUCUCCAGCCAACUUCCCGCAGUAA